AUGAGCUCAAAGCAGCUUCCUGAUAAAAAGACAAUCAUUCCAAAACAAACAUAUGCAUUAUUAUUCAGUGAGAUUGUCCAGUAUUGCCACCAAAAAUCAGAAUCUUCAGAGCAAUUUUCUCAACAAUUAGCCGAUAUGGGCUAUCCAAUUGGCUGCACAAUCUUAGAAGUCCUCGAGCAGAGUAGCUCAACAGGCUAUAAACGCCAAUCAAAGGCUGUCCCAAUGCUUCUUCAAUUAAAAGAUAAAAUAUGGCAAUAUCUUUUCGGUUAUUCCGCCGCAGAUCUCGAACAACAAAUUGAUGAUGCAAACUGCUAUAUGCUUUAUGAUAAUACCCCAAUGAUAACAACUUAUAUUUCAUAUCCACAGGAAAUUCGUAAGGGAUUCACAUGCUGCAGCUUCGUUGCUGGCAUUAUUCAAGGUAUUCUUUGCUCCUCUGGAUUCAAAUGCAAAGUUACUGCUAUUCCUAAUCCGGAAGAAAAUACAUAUCCGGAUAGAGUUGUAUUUUUAAUUAAGUUCGAAGAAGACUAUAAAUAA